AUGGCUGAAAAAAAUGAUGCAGUGGGCCAGUCGCCUACGUGUUCUAUUGAGGAAUUCUCUAGCACCGCAUUCGACUACAUCAUUUGCGGAGGCGGCACGGCUGGAUUGGCCAUUGCGGCUCGUCUGACGGAGAACCCAGAGGUGACCGUCGGUGUUAUUGAGGCUGGAAAAUACCGCAUUGGUGAUCCCCUUGUGGAUAUGCCGGCGGGCCUGUUCCAAUUGUUCGAGGAUCCCGAAUAUGACUGGUGCUUGUACACGGCGCCGCAGAAAGGGAAUCAUGGAAAAGUCCACCAUAUUCCUCGAGGAAAACUCCUCGGAGGGUCCAGUGGCAUCAACUACAUGAUGUACGUCCGCGGUUCCAAGCAGGAUUACAAUGACUGGGCCGAACUGGUCGAGGAUGAAGGCUGGUCGGCGGAUAUCAUGCAACACUACAUGCGCAAGCACCAGACCCUCGAGCCUAUCGACCCCUCAAUUAAAGACACCACAACCAUGCCUUUCGUCGGAGAAUUCCACGGCACCAGUGGACCAGUCCGCACCGGUUUCAACGACACCAUCAUGCCAAUUGAGAACGAUGUCAUCAAAGCCUGCGACGAAGUCACAGACACUCCGCAGAAACCAGUCGACCCCUGGAGUGGAGACCACAUCGGCUUCUUCAACACCCUAGGCUCCAUCUGUCGCACUGGACCGAACAAAGGCAAGCGCAGUUAUGCUGCCAGAGGGUAUUAUGAGGCCAACAGAGCCAGCCGUCCGAAUCUUAAAGUGCUUUGCAGCACGAUGGUGAACAAGGUCAAUCUUGAUGGCAACAAGGCUACGGGCGUGAACAUCUCGCAUGAAGGCCAGGAGUGCAACGUAUCCGCCAAGCGCGAGGUUAUCGUCAGCGGAGGCACUAUUAAGUCUCCUCAGAUCCUCGAGCUAUCUGGUAUCGGAGACCCUGCUGUCCUUGAGGCAGCGGGGGUUGAAUGCAAGGUCGCGAACCCGGCCAUCGGCGCCAAUUUGCAAGACCACCAGAUCACAAUCGUAACCUAUGACAUGAAGCCGGGGACUUUCACUUUGGAUUCAUUGCACCAGGUCCCCGAGGCCAUGCAAGAUGCAAUGAAACAGUAUACCGAGUCCGGUAGCGGACCGCUCAGCUGCACCUCGACGAUGCAAGGCUUCUUUCCCGCCAAGAAAAUCAUGUCUGAAGAAGAGCUUGAAAAGGUGAUUCAAAGCAUCCGUGAGGUCAAGCCAACCAGCAAAUUCCACGAGAAGCAGCUUGCACAGAUCAUCGCCCAUCUCCAAAGCGACAUCUCGGCAAAUAUCCAGGUAGUCCUCGUCCCAGCCACGGCAAACAUCGAUGGAAUCGAGCACCAAAGCCAGCUGUUCCCUCCUCGCGGCGCAGACAAGCCCGCCGGUAUCACCUUCGCGUUGUGUAUACAAUACCCCGUUGCUCGGGGCUACGUGCACAUCGAAAGCUCCGAUCCCACCAAACCGCCAGUAAUCCACCCAAACUACGGCGGCAGUGACGCAGACAUAGCAGUCCUAAGCGCCACCCUCCGCUGGGUAGACAACGUUUCCCAAUCCCAGCACAUCAAGUCCUCCAUCGCAAACCGCUCAUUCCCCGAGCCAUCAUUGGACCUGCAGAAUCUCGAAGAAGGCAAGAAAGCCGUGCACGAGGCCGUUGCGAGCGAGUAUCACGUCUGUGGCUCGGUGGCGAUGGGCGAUGCUCUUGACUCGCGGUUGCGGGUAAAGGGCGUGGAGGGACUGAGGGUUGCUGAUGCGUCGGUGUUCCCGAACAACGUGAGUGGCAAUAUUGUCAGUAGUGUCUAUGCGGUGGCGGAGAAGGCGGCCGAUAUGAUUAAGGAGGAUUGGGAUUUUGCGCCGCUUAAGGAGGCUAUGGCAUGA